AUGUUCGGUCCCGGCGCCGCGCAGCCGCGGCCGCCGCACGAGGUCCUGGAGGAGAGCGCCACGGACGCCGAGGCCGCGGGGGCCUCGGGCGGCCCCUGGGCGGCGCCGCGGCGCGCCGGCGUCGCCUGCGCGGCCGCCGCCCUGGCCGCGGCCGCGGCGGGCGCUCUCGCGGGGAGGCCUCUGGCCGCGGAGCCGCUCCUGGGCACCGCCCCCGCCGCCGAGGCCACAUCCCUGCUGUCCACGGGCGGCGCCGAGGGCGUUGCCGGCCUCGUGCGGUCUGAGGGCGUGGGCUGCGGCAACUGGCACACGGCCUCGCUGGAGAUGGUGCAGACGGGGGAUGCGGCCACCUGCGCCCAGAACUGCCGCGACACAGCGGGCUGCGUGGCCGUGAACUACCAGGCGACCCAGUGCCCCGAGAAGCCAGAGGAGCAAGACGGACAGGGGACCUGCUACAUGUUGAGCGAAGCGUGCACCGAAGGGCCCAACGAGUGCUGGGAUGCAUAUACGUUGCCCGAGAGCGAACGAAAGGGCAUGGCGAUGGGCAGCAGAGUAAGUCGGAGCACGGGGUGCUCGAAUCUGGACCAGAUCACGAAGGGUGGUGAAACGAUGGAGUGGAGCGUCUACACAUGCGCCUACAAAUGCGAGGAGGAUGCCGCUUGUGUCGGCAUGCUCUAUGAGGCCGAGCCCUGCGGCAACCGUGAUGAAGGGCGCCGAUGCGUGCUGCUGUACGGCGAGUGCUCAGAGGACGAUGGUGAAAGCUACGCCUGCUGGGACAUUUCGUACAAGUCUUCAUCGGGCGCAGGAGCGCCUGUGGGAGCCGCGGAGCUCCCGCCGUCUCGUGAGACACUCUGGACUCCCGCGGCACCCGCAGGAGCCACCGCUGCCGCGGCGGCGGGCUUCCCCUCCGCAGAACAGCCCGCUGUCGCCUCACCGCCCAACCCGGCCUCUGGAGCCACCACAGACGUGCUCGAGCCCACGCCAGCUUCUGGGGCACCCUUUACUUCCGCAGCAACGCACGCCGGAGCCACCGCUGGCACAGCGAUUGCCCCCUCCGCAGCAGAGUUCGCCCUUGCCCCGUUGUCCGACUCGGCUCUUGGAGCACCCGCAGAGUCCAGCCCGGUCUCUGGAGGCAGCAGAGCGGACGCUAAGGUUGUCCAAGGUCUUUUCAAGACCACUCAGGACGUCCUGGCGGGUCAGAGGGAGAUCGUCGUAGACCUGCCGAAUUGCUUCCUGAUCGGGGACACGAUCCAGCUUUUCGAUUGGAAGGACAGUGUCCAUCAGAACCACAGGAUUGUGAGCAAGGACCCCAUCCUCAUUACUCCAGCGGUCGAGCACACCUUCUUCGCAGGGACGUCGGUGCUCAGGAUCAACCACCCCUUCGCGGCGUCGACCUGCGGUGAGUGGCCCCACGCUGCGCCCGACGCCACGCCGCAGCCGCAGCUGACCAGCUUCCGGUGA